UCUCACUUUCUUUCUGUUCUGUUGUAUAACAAACAGAAACACAUAAUCUGUCAUCGAGCUGCAAUCCCUCCUCAGGGCAAAUCAGAGAGUGAGGGGUCACGCGAAGGAGGGAGGAGAAGCGUUGAAGGGCAAACAACACGGAGGACCAACCCACUGCAUGUCGAGUCCUGCCUGCUCCGAUCCCACAUCACAUCACAUCACACUCCGCUGCCGCUGCUGCUGCUGCUGGAUAUUAACCAUUCUACAGGUUGGCCCUCAUCGUCCCCCUAGUGGCAGAGCCGGGCAUCGACUUUGGAGGAAAACUCCAAACCACAGGAAAUCCUCUCUGACUGCAUCAAAAGGAACUCUUCUUCCUCAAGCUUCUCCUACCAAACAAAGAAUGCACAACCAGAGGACUUUAUGACACCUUUACUGUGGAUCUAACUUCAAGAAAUCAGAAACUCACCUUGUGGAACUAAGUAAAAAUGGCGACCCCAUCCGCCAUGCCAAUGUCGCCCUCCUCUAGAAACCUUCUUUGGAUGUUUCGCUCAUACCAGAACAAAUCAGUGAUCUGGGAACACUACGAGUACAUGGGGAAAACCAAGGGCAACAGGUACUUGGAAGGACUCAAAACCAUGGACAUCGCCAUCGCGCUCGUCUGCGUGCUCAUCGCCGUAGAAAACGCCAUCGUGCUCCUGGCUAUCUGGAGAAACAAGAAAUUCCACGUGCCCAUGUACUACCUGCUGGGCAACCUGACCCUCUCCGACAUGCUGGCGGGCUUCAUGUACAUGGUGAACAUUCUCACGUCCGGCGCCAAUACCAUGAACAUGACCCCGGUGCUGUGGUUCCUCAGAGAAGGCGGGGUGUUCAUCAUGCUGGCGGCGUCCGUCAUCAGUCUGCUCGCCAUCGCCAUAGAGCGCCACGUGACGAUGGUGCGCAUGAAGCCGUACCAGGGCAACAAACAAGGCCGGAUGUUCGCUCUGAUCGGCGCCAGCUGGGUGCUGUCCGUCUUCCUGGGUGUGCUUCCCUUUCUUGGGUGGAACUGCAUCGGUAUGUUGGACCAGUGCUCCACGGUGCUCCCGCUCUACGCCAAAAGCUACAUCCUGUUCUGCAUCACCGUCUUCAGCGCCAUCCUCAUUUCCAUCGUGGUUCUGUACGUGCGCAUCUUCCGCAUCGUCAAGUGCAACACGCAGCGCCUCGCCUCGGUGCCGCAGCGCAAGGGACUCUACCGCAAAUCCCAGAAGUACAUGGCGCUCCUGAAGACCGUCACCAUCGUCCUGGGGGUCUUCAUCAUGUGUUGGCUGCCGCUCUUCAUCCUCCUGCUGCUGGACUUCUGCUGUCCGGCCAAUGCAUGUAAAGUGCUCUUCAACGCGGAUUACUUCCUGGGCAUGGCCAUGUUCAACUCCCUGCUGAACCCCAUCAUCUAUACGCUGACGAGCAAGGACAUGAGGCGGGCCAUCCUGAGGCUGCUGUGCCGACCUUGCCUCAUCACGAAGGACGGGCAGGUGAAGAAGAUCGGGAUCCCCUUCCUGGAGUGCAGCACCAGUAAGGCGGACGGUGCUUCCCACAGGCUGGAGGGACUGGAGACGACGGUGUCUUGGAACUUCACGCCCAAAGCGAUUUACCCCAGGAUCUCCAAGACAUGACACAGCCGCUCACGUGACUCUUAGAGAAAGCCUUCGGACUGAAACACGGUCUCUAAUCUGGACAGAAUAAGCUCGAUGCAGCAGAGAUCCAUACUGGGAGAAAGACACUAAAUAUGUGAAAGAAACGUCAACCUUAAGAGGAGGGGGCAAAACUGGCAUUACAUUUAUCUUGAGGACACUACAAACACGGCCAGUAUUAGUCAGAGAAUCUCCCGCUUAGACAUUUCAUUUGAUCGGCGUUGUCCUCUUAAAAGGGAAAUGAAAGGGCAGAUGUUGUAUAUAAAUACAGCUGUGUCACAUCAGUGGAAAUGUGAAUUCCUCCGGGCGGUAUGUGUUGCAAAUGAUGUGGAAAUCUCCCUAAAUAUGUGCUACACACCGUUGGGAACUUGCCUUGACAACAGCAGCAAAAUUGAAUAAUAUGGAGCUUUUUUUGAGCCGUUUCACUUGAAAAAUGACUGAAAUGAGUUUUUAAUUCAUUAAGAAAAUUGCUUACCAAGAACUCCUUUGAACACAUGGUCCUGAAAAGUAGUUAUCCAAAGCUGGUGGUAAUACCUUUGACAGUAUCCGAGCUAUGUCAUAUAAAUGGAAAUUCACAUUAAUUAGCAUGUUCUUUUUGCCAGUUUUCUGAAAGAAUCCAUGAUAUUUGUGCUAGAUUUUGCUCAGAAUUGGUCUAAAGCAGCAAAUCCCGAUAAACAUUCGGGAAAAAAAAUCAUCUUUGGCCGUUUUAAUUGAAAAAUGACUGUAAUUAUAAAAUGCAAUUAAUUAAUCAAUUACUAAUUUCUAUGCAUUUAUUUAGUUGGGUUUUUUUUGCCAAUUUUGGAGCAUUUUCUGGCAGAGUUACUUGUGAAAUGAUUGAAAUGAUCCAAAACAACAGAGUAAUGAAUACGUUAUUUAAACACAAACAGGUUAACUAAAGCUGUGAGGCAGAGUAAUAACCAAUCUGUCGCUCAGAUCUUCAUUUCAUCCGCGUUUAAAUGAUCCCAGUGUGCAGACGGUUCACAUAAACCACCUGAUGACGCAGAUAAACCGGGGCUAAAGCUCAAAGUUUGUCCUUAUCUCGUCUCUCCGAGCUGUAUUUAAUGACAUGUGCAUCCACACCCAAAGGAUCUGCAGCCAAACCCGUGUAAUUUCUGCCAUGUGAGUUUUUGGUCGGUCGCCCGAGAUCAGAGGCUCUUUAUUUUUCCCGGAGAGGCCCUGAAACGCGUCAUCGGAGCCUCUUUCAGCUCUGGAGGUCCCCUGAACAUAUGUAGUAACACAUGAUGAAUGACUCUAUAAACCCGAUAGCGGAGGCUUGUCGACGCCUUCUCGGCUGCAGUAAUCCCAUUUAUGUGCUCCAGUUUGUGGACAAAAACGGCUCUUCGUCUUGGAGGAAGUUCAACGUGUUUGUCGUUAAAGAGCAGAUAUCAUCUUUUCCCACAAAGCAGCAACCUGCUCGGCAACAGAGCCUGUGUGUGUGUGUGGGCUUCAGAGAACUGGGGGGGAAACUCAUUGUGUGGUUAGAGUGACAAUAAACGUAUCACUGUGUUAUUGUACAUACAUGUAAAGAGAACAUCUAUUUACUGAUUUCUGUUUUGUAUACUUUGUAAAUAUCUAUAGUCCUUUUGUUUUGUGAAACCGUAAGUUAUGAUGUCACUUUUUAUAAUGUGCACUGAAUAAAACAUGUGAAUGAAGUUUA